UCACCAGCGAGUUCCGGCCGUGCCGCACCUCCCGCCGGCCUGAGCGCCGCUUCCGGUCGCGUGGGGCAGGCGCUUCCGGCGGGGCCGGGCGGGGGAGGCGGUUGAGGCCGCGGCCGCCCCUCAGCCCUGCGGCGGCCCGGCAGGCGCUCCAUUCCAUCUGACCUCGUGGCUCCUGCACGGUGGUGGUUCAGCCCUAACGAGCAACAUUCCAAACCGCAAAGGAGGAAGGGGAGAAGAUGGGCCAUUGGGAGCGGCUCCCUGCAAAGAGCAAACCCAGCCUGGCCUUGCCUCUUUGCUGCCUGAGGAGGAAUUCUGUUGCGGAAGGGCUGUAGGAGUGGACGCAGCGCCAGGGACUCGGCAGCCUGGGAGAUCCGGUCAUGUUCCUCGCAGGCUGAAGGGUGCUGGCACCGGUGCUGAGCGAUGGGGUAUGAUGUAACACGCUUCCAGGGGGACGUGGAUGAAGACCUCAUAUGCCCCAUCUGCAGCGGGGUCCUGGAGGAGCCGGUUCAGGCUCCCCACUGCGAGCACGCCUUCUGCAAUGCCUGCAUCACGCAGUGGUUCUCCCAGCAGCAGACGUGCCCUGUGGACCGCAGCGUGGUGACGGUCGCCCACCUCCGCCCCGUCCCGCGGAUCAUGCGGAAUAUGCUUUCGAAACUGCAGAUCACUUGCGACAACGCUGUUUUCGGCUGCACGGCAGUCGUACGACUCGACAACCUAAUGUCUCACCUCAACGACUGCGAGCACAAUCCCAAGCGCCCGGUGACGUGCGAGCAGGGAUGCGGCUUGGAAAUGCCCAAAGAUGAGCUCCCAAACCACAACUGCAUCAAGCACCUGAGGUCUGUGGUGCAGCAGCAGCAGACGAGGAUUGCUGAGCUGGAGAAGACCUCGGCAGAACACAAGCACCAGCUGGCCGAGCAGAAGCGGGAUAUCCAGCUGCUGAAGGCCUACAUGCGCGCCAUCCGCAGUGUCAACCCCAACCUGCAGAACCUGGAGGAGACCAUCGAGUACAACGAGAUCCUGGAGUGGGUGAAUUCCCUGCAGCCGGCCCGGGUGACGCGGUGGGGCGGGAUGAUCUCCACGCCGGAUGCGGUGUUGCAGGCCGUCAUCAAGCGCUCGCUGGUGGAGAGCGGCUGCCCCACAUCCAUCAUCAAUGAGCUGAUCGAGAACGCCCACGAGCGGAACUGGCCGCAGGGCCUGGCUACGCUGGAGACACGCCAGAUGAACCGGCGCUACUAUGAGAACUAUGUGGCCAAACGCAUCCCCGGGAAGCAAGCGGUGGUGGUGAUGGCCUGUGAAAACCAGCACAUGGGUGAGGACAUGGUGCUGGAGCCCGGGCUGGUGAUGAUAUUUGCACACGGAGUGGAGGAAAUCUAGGACUUGCAGAGAGAACGGCUCCGUGCGGAGAAGGGAGAGGAGGGGAAGGUGCAGAGGUAGAGACUCGGGGUGGUGGGGCAAAACUGCCGGUGUUCCCACAUCACCGACGUGGUUUCCUUAGGGCACCGUUCCCUCGAACUUCUCACUUCCGAGUUGAAACGAUUAAAACGCCUCUGGCAAAAGCUGCCCGAACCCUUGGCCCAGCGUGGAGCGAGAACCGCCGUCCCGUCACAUUCGCCCCUUGCGGAUCAGCUUCCCCCUUCAGUGUCUUUCAAGGAGAGGAGCAGCUGCUCCAGCUGUGCUUCUGGAUUCCUUGGACACAGCCCACGUUGUGGGUGCCGGUGCCUCUCCCCGAGCCUGGCUCUGGCCUGGACCCCAAAGCCUGCCUUGGCUCUCACCGGGGACCAACCCGAUGGCCCCUGGCAGCUCUCAUCGUCCGGUGGCUGAGUCCUCCCUGGGUUCACUCCCGCUCUGGAUCCUCGCCUCGCUCUCCGGUGUCUCUCCGCUGCCGUCUCUCCAAGCCUCGCCUCCGCCUGUGCCGUACGGCAGCGGUGGUUCCUCUCCCUCCUCCUGCCAGGCUGCGGAAGGGCCUUGGCUGGGAAGAACCCAGACUUGGGCGCCAUCAGUUCGAUGGAGCCCAACCAGCUGCAGCUGCGCCCCCGACACCCCCGAACCGCCUGGGCUCGGCCGGCGCGGGGGGCUCAGCACCGGGCACAGCCUCUCGCCCACCGCUGCCCCGGCCCCUCUUUCCGUGCAUGCCCAGCCCCGGGGGGGCCCCGCUCACCCCCAAUCGCAGCCCCCAGCGUCUCCCCCUUUCCGAGGCGCCGUCCUGCCCUGUGUUUGGCUCCUCCGCUGCUGCUCCCGGUGUUUCCGGAUGCUUGUGAUUGCGGUUCGGUAUUUUUUGUUCUCUUAUUGGCCUUUCUCCGGUUUUAUUUCCCCCUUUUAUUUCAUUUCCCAAGGACCGGGACAGGCGCCUCAGCCCCCGCUUACCGUUACUGCUGGGAACUUAAUUUAUUUGCAUUCGUUUCGUUGUUUUUUACAUUCUUUCCGGUGUCUGCGCAGCUCGGAGCUGGCGAGAGGCAGGGGGUUGUGAUCAAUAAACGCGUUCCAGUUGC